AGUGGGGAAGGGUCCAGGGAGUUAGGAUAAAUAGUUGGGUCAUUGAGAAUAAUCUCUCCCCAUUUCUCCUGCCCAAAGGAGGGGUGGGAAAGGCUGAAUGUGAAGGAAGGGGGAAAAUAAUAUUUUUAGGGAGAUUAUUGGAAUUUGGGGUGGUGGUAUUAUAAGGCAGAGAGGGCAGAUCAUGAGUUGGGGAAAGAAAUUGGGAUUAAGAGAGGUAGGAAAAGACAAAGCUUGGGAGAUAAACAAAACUCACCAGGGAGGUUUAUAAUAAAGGGUGAAUGGGAUUCACAGAUUUGUUGUCUUGUAGCAUUUCGUUCCUCUUUCAAAAAAGAUCAAAUUGACUCAUCUCCUUGAAGUUUCAAGUUACAGACUGCCUUCAGGCAGGAAGGAAAUCAUUGAUCCCUAACAUCAGUUUCCUUCUUCUUUCUCUCGCCCUGUAAUUCGGCCAUAAAUUGUAGGAAAUUGGGGGCCCUGAGUGCAGUAACAUGUUAUCAGAUUUGCAGAUCUUUUUGAUCCUCUUUCUCAUUGUCCAGAGAAUCAUAAAGAGAUUCAUGCAGCAUAUGGAUCUGUUUUUUUCAGUACUGCCAAGGAUUGGGAAUACCUGGAGCGUUUACAGAGUGUUUCUCUUUCACAUCUGCAGAUGUGAAUUACAAACACAUGAAACCUUAAUAGGUAGGAUUGGUUUGAUUCAAGCUUUAGCAUCUUGCAUGAGUCAGCUACGAUUUAUUCAAAAAUUUAACAAACUGUGGUUUUUAAAAUACUGUAGAAGCUCCCAGACGUUGUAAAUUCAUUGAGAACCAAAUUGCCUUUCAGAUUUGGGAUUUUUUGACUUUAAAACUUUGGCCACUGGGAGGCAGACAUCUGUUAGGCUCCCAAAUUCCCAUAUUGGGAAGCUGUGGAAUUCUUUGUAAGGAUCCUUUGCCCUUGUGAAAAUUGCCAUUAUCUUUUUCCUGAUGGGAAUUUUGCCCUUGAACAGUUCUUAUCCUUGCAUAGGCACUAAUUUUUAUCAUGGAGAAUGGCAAUUCUUGAAACUGUUGCUUGCUGAGCAGCUAGUAAAGAUAAAAGGAUUUUGUGAGAAAUUUUAUAAAAUGUGCAUUAGGCACUUGCCAUUACUGUACUUGGAAAUGCUGAACGGUUACAAAGCAGUAAACUACCAUAUGCUUUGUUUCAUUUCAACUCAGCGUUUUUGAUUGUACAGCCAUUCAGAAAUCCAAACAUUUUAUUGCUACUAUAUUUUAGUGUCUUUUAAAUAUCUUGUUUUCUGUUCUUCUGGAAAACUAAAGUAAAGCUACAAGUAGUCUUCACUACAAUCAUUCGUUUAGAGACCAUUCAAAGUUACAACGGCUUAUGACUACUGCUUGCACUUAACAAUCUUGCAGCAUCCCUGGUCAUGAGAUCAAAAUUCAAGUGCUUGGCAACAAACAUAUAUUUACAAUGAUCCCCAGACAGUGUCUGACAAGCAAUUUCAGGGACGGAAGAAAAAUUUGCUGGAUGACCUUUUGAUUCACUUAACAGCUGCUUGAUUCGCUUAACAAGGGCAGUGGUUCAAUGGAAAAAAGUUUAUUUAAAAAAUUAGAUUUUAAUCUUUGAUCUAUUUACGUUUUAAGGUAGAUAAACUUUUGUAUGAUUGUAAGCCACCCAGAGUUACUUUAUGGCAGUGGUGGGUUUCUACCGGUUUACCCCGGUUCAGUGGCAGCAGCGGGAGGCUCUGCCCACCCGCCCGGACGUCCUCACGGACGCUCUGCGCAUGCACAGAAGCACCGCACACGAGCAAAGCAAGCACAAGCGCACGUGCACUCACAGUUCCGAACCAGUUGUGAAGGAAUGGUUGAUCCGCUAUGGCUACCUGCCCCAACCUGAUCCCAGAGCAGCAAGUCUUCAAACUGAAGAGGAGUUAUCCAUUGCUGUGAAAACGAUGCAAAGGUUUGCAGGUGUGCCAGUAACCGGGAAACUGGAUCGUGAGACUUUGAAAAUGAUGAACAGGCCUCGUUGCUCUCUCCCUGAUUUCAUUGGCACCUCGGAGUUGAUGCGACGGCGACGUAGGAAGAGACGCUACGCUCUCAGUGACAGUUCCUGGAAAAAGACCGACUUGACAUGGCAAAUCCGUUCCUUCCCUCGUUCGUCGCAGCUGUCCCACAAUCAUGUCCGGAAUCUCAUUUUCUACGCUUUUCAAGCUUGGAGCAAUUCUUCAGCCUUGACCUUCAAAGAAGUGAAUUCUCAGCAAGCGGACAUUGUGGUGGAUUUUGCAACUUCUUAUCAUGAUGACACAUACCCCUUUGAUGGGCCCGGAGGCACCCUGGCCCAUGCCUUCUUCCCUGGAGAACAUCCCAUUUCGGGCGAUACCCAUUUUGAUAAUGAAGAGACCUGGAUUUAUGACCCACAGAAUGAAUCACCAGGCCGUGGCACAGAUCUGUUUGCUGUAGCAGUGCAUGAGUUUGGCCAUGCCUUGGGACUGGCUCACUCUUCUGUUAAGGAAUCCAUCAUGAUGCCAUAUUACCAAGGUCCUGUUGGUUUGCCCCACCUAUACCAACUCUCUAUAGAUGAUGCCAUGGGAAUUCAGCAAAUCUAUGGUAGGCGGCAUCAUAGUUCAUAUCCAGAUCAAGACAUUCCAGCGCCCCCAGUUCCCACAGCACCCCCGAUCCCAGACCUACCACCAGACAAGCCGAGAGAAAAGCCUUCCUUGCCAGCAUUCGAACGUUGUAAAGCUGGCUUUGAUGCUAUUGCUAAUAUUCGUGGUGAAGUUUUCUUCUUUAAAGCGAGACAUUUUUGGAGGAUACAGCCAUCCCAGAAUCUGGUUUCUCUGGAGCCAGCCCAGACCCUCCGCUUUUGGAACGGACUUCCCCCAGAUUUUAAGUCAAUUGAUGCUGCGUACGAACGUGCCAAUGACAGCCAGAUAGUGUUCUUUAUUGGCUUCUACUACUGGGUUUUUUCUGACACUCAAGUCAAUCCAGGUUAUCCCCGUCCUACAUCCGAUCUGGGACUCCCUCCUGGCACUGUAGUUGGGGCUGUGUUUGUUUGGCCUCACAAUGGUAAGACGUAUCUUUUAGAGAGGGACCGCUAUUGGCGCUAUGAUGAUCAGCUGGGGCACGUGGAACCGGGAUAUCCCAAACCUGUCACCCUCUGGAAAGGAGUCCCUUCUGAGCUGGAUGACGUCACUCAUUGGAAUGACGGCCACACAUACUUCUUCAAGGAUACUCAUUACUGGCGCUUUAAAGGUGGCAGUGUAGUGGCCGAUUCAGCCCAUCCAGGUUCCAUUCCCCGCGACCUGAUGUUUUGCUCAGAUCUUACCACCAUCUCCCCCAGAGGACCGAAAACUGGGCGGAAAGGGGAGGACGGUUUAUGCCUCUGUGGGGCGAGUGGAGGAAUCAAAAACUCCUUCUUAGCUUGGAUCUUGAUUCUGCUUUGGGUGAUAUGCUGAUUGCUAGGUUAGCUACACGUCUAUGCACUUUACAUUAUAAAGAGGAGACAAAACAGCGGGGAAAAAUAUGGUAUUCCCUAGCAAAAGGUGCGGGAUACUUUUCCCUUUAUUCUUUUGGUGCUCUCAGUAUCUGAAACAGACUUGGAGGCUUCGUGCCCAUGCUCAGUUUCUGAAAAAGAAGUGCUUAAUCUUAAAACUAACUUGGAAGUUUUUGAUCCUAAUCGUGAAUGUGUGAUAAUAUCGUUUCUCAGGGGCGAAAGAAAUUACUCUGUGCGUGCUCUGGGGUGCUAACCUUUUUGAUUCUGUUACAUACUAAAAAGCUCAGAUUUACCAUUAAUUACGUGAGACCCUUUAUGCUUUCCCUGAUGGGAAGCAAAUGAGUAUUUUUGUCAGAGUGCACACAGUGUGACUAUGUGAGACAACCCAGGAACAAAUAUAGUAAACAGAGAUUUGUGUUUAAAUAGUGGUCUUAGCUACAAAAGAAUAUAUACAUACAUGUACUUUAGUCAGACCUCAAACAAACAGCAAUCAGCAAUUACAGCACAGAAGCACACACACACACACAGAGAGAGAGAAAUACCAUCCAACAGGGCCUCUUCUUAGUACAGAUUCAUAAAGUAAUAUCAGCCCAAACACCUUGCUGACUCAUUCCCAGUAUUACAUCAUCGUAGCAGCUGGUCAGCUCUUAAAUCAUUACCCUGAUAAUUUUAGCUCAUGGCUUCAGGAUGUCACCAGGAGACCGGAAAGCACCACCCCUUAGAAAAGUUAAGUCUAGCCUAUGAAUACAUUAUCAUUUUUUCUCCAAUAAAUAAGAAGAAUGUGAGAAAACCGGGGGAUGAGGAAUAUCUUGUGAAAGUAUCUCAUCUCCAUGGAUGUUGUCCUUGUUACGUUGCAUACUGGCAAUUAUGGUCUGUGUAUAUUUGACUUUGUGGGAUAAACGCCAUUUGGGAUGACUCAGGAUUCAAAAAAUCUUUGGUUCCAGAGCCAAUUCCAAGAGACGAGCCCAAGAAUGUUGGAGGAAGUUAAUUUAACAUGAUUUAAAAUCUUCUUGGAGACAAAGGGAGGGGAAGGGAGGGGAGAGUAGCCAGGAAGAA